UUAUGCUAUCUUUUUUUAAUAGAACAGAUUCAAAAUUGUCUAUAUUUUUAUUAAUUAUUUUGAUAAUUUUAUUAGUUUUACAAUUGUCUUACACUAAAAAAGAUGUUCGAGAUUAUACAGAAGCAGAAUUGGAUAAACUCUACGAACAAUGGGCAGAAAAUGAUUCAGAAAACGAUGCUGAACAAGAAAAUAACCCAAAAACAGUUCCUCCUAUUGAUUUAAAUUUGUUACGGGAAAAUGCUAAUUCCCCAGAUGAUUUACUUAAAAUGACAAAGAAGGGACAAUCUGUUAUGAUGUUUGUUUCUGUUGCAAAUCCUGUUGAUAAUUCAAAAUCAACAAAAGAAUUAACUGAAAAAAUUUCUGCACAAUGGCAACAAUCUUUUUUUAAUAAUCAUAUUGAUGCACAGAAUUAUGUUGUGGAUGAUGACAGAAUUUUAUUUCUUUUUAAAGAAGGCCAGCAAGCUUGGGAUGCUCGUGAUUUUCUUAUCAGACAACCCGAAUGCAAGGAAAUUCAACUUGAAGGUAGAACAAUUCCCGGGCCUGCCUCUUCUGUUUAUGAUGCCAAAAUAAACAAUCCUGAUGAAUUGUGA